CCUCCUGCCUUGUACUGUGCGUGCGUGUGUGUGUGUUGUGUGUCGGAUAGAAAGUCAGCCUGGUUUCCAGCUGAGUGCUUGCUCUCUCACUGUGUGCGUGUACGUGUAUAUGUGUGUGUGCGCGUGUGUGCGUGUACGUGUGUGUGUGUGUGUGUGUGUGUGUGUUGUCAUUAUUAUCCACUCUGCUCCCAGCUCAGAAUGGCCAGAUUCACUCAGACUGAAACAAGAAGGCAGCACCAUCCUCAGCAUCCCCAGCCCGCUCACUCCAGCCUGGUUUUCACCGGACCGGGGGCGCCACCGAGCCUGCAGCCACCGCUCCUUCUCCCACAUCAGCACCAGUACCCUCAGAUCACAUUCCCCAAACCCAUGAACGGGUCAGAACCCAUAUCAAUUCAUCCGGAGAGCGGCAACAUGAAAGACCAAGAUGCCAUUAAGCUUUUUAUCGGGCAGAUACCGCGGAACUUGGAGGAGAAAGACCUGAAGCCUCUGUUCGAACAGUUUGGGAAAAUCCACGAACUGACAGUUCUCAAGGACCGAUACACCGGCAUGCACAAAGGUUGUGCAUUCCUCACCUACUGCGCCCGGGAGUCGGCCAUCAAAGCCCAGAACGCCCUCCAUGAACAGAAAACGCUGCCAGGGAUGACUCGCCCCAUCCAGGUGAAACCGGCUGACAGCGAGAGCCGUGGAGAAGACAGGAAGUUGUUUGUCGGGAUGCUGAACAAACAGCAGACUGAGGAGGAUGUUUACCGCCUCUUCGAACCCUAUGGAGUCAUCGAGGAGUGCACGGUCCUAAGAGGCCCUGACGGAAAUAGCAAAGGUUGCGCCUUCGUCAAGUUCUCCACACAUUCUGAGGCUCAGUCUGCAAUCAGUGCGCUCCACGGCAGCCAGACCAUGCCAGGUGCUUCCUCCAGCUUGGUGGUCAAGUUCGCCGACACAGACAAGGAGCGCACCAUCAGACGUAUGCAGCAGAUGGUUGGGCAGUUUGGCAUCUUCAACCCAGCCAUCGCCCUUCCCUUCAGCACCUACAGCUCUUACGCACAUGCGCUCAUGCAGCAGCAGGCAGCUAUCAUGGCAGCAAGCCACGGAGGUUACCUCACGCCUAGCGUGGCGUUCCCGGCCACACAGAUCCACCAGAUGGGGGCGCUCAACAUCAACAGCCUCCCACCCACCACCAUGACCCCGGUGUCGGGUGAGUUUCAUCAUACCCUGGGCCUCAGUUCUCCACCAGCCAACAUCACCACCUCCGCCGUGCCCAGCAUUGUCACACCCAUUGUCAACGGAUUCACCGGCAUCCCUCAUCAGCCCAACGGACAUCCUGCCGUGGAGACCAUGUACACCAACGGCCUGCCGCCCUACUCCACCCAGAGCCCCACCGCUGCUGACACCCUCCAGCAAGCCUUCACCGGAGUGCAGCAAUACACAGCGAUCUACCCGGCCACCACACUGACUCCCAUUGGCCAGACACUGCCCCAACCACCCCAGGUCAUCCAGCAGCAGCAGCAGAGAGAAGGUGAGGGUCCGGAGGGUUGUAACCUGUUCAUCUACCACCUGCCACAGGAGUUUGGAGACAACGAACUCAUGCAGAUGUUUUUGCCCUUCGGCACCGUCAUCUCCUCUAAGGUCUUCAUGGACCGAGCAACCAACCAGAGCAAGUGUUUCGGUUUCGUGAGCUUUGAUAACCCUGCUAGUGCACAGGCAGCUAUUCAAGCCAUGAAUGGCUUUCAGAUUGGGAUGAAGAGGUUGAAAGUCCAGCUAAAGAGACCGAAGGAUGCCAGCCGCCCUUACUGACACAGCCUACCUUCAGUAUUCAUUGCAGCAGCACAGGUUUUAGAGGACACGUGAAGAUGUCUCUGAGGAGUGAAACUUUUUUUCUUUGAAAGCAAAAUAUGUUUUAGAAAAAUCAACACAUACGGAAUUUUUGAAGACAUAUCAGCAUUUACUUAUGAAGAUAUAGGUUGCGGCAGAAAAAAAGAAGAAGCGGAAGAGGAGGAGGCGCUUCACCGGAGGACUUUACAGUAACAGAUGGCACAGUGCAAGAAAGACAACAAAAAAAAAAAAAAACGGAAAAAAAGAUGUAAUGAGACUGAACAACAGAACUUUUUCUUGUUGAGACUUGAAUUGUUAAUUAAGCAACAAACUUACAAACAAAAAAGCAGCAACAACAAAUAGAUUUCUAUAUACAUAUUAUAUACACAUAUAUAUAAGGAAAGAGGCGGUUGCGGCUUUUACUGUACUGGACAAAUGAGGGUUAAAACUUGAAGAUCAAGAAAAACGGUGGAAAAAAAGAAGCUGUUCUAUUCGUCCACUGGCAGACUUUCUUUCUCUUUCCCUCUUUCUCUUAUUCUCUCACCGUCUCUCUCAGCAAGCGCAGAACUAUGACUCUUGCAGGUCACUGAGGUUUCCAUUAGCAACAGUAGAACUGCAAAUCUUUCACCCCUAAGGGAACAAAGGACCAAACAUUUUUAUUGUUCUGAACAGUGAUAUAUAGUAUUAACGAUACUAAUACUACAAACUACUAAUAAUAAUAUUAAAAAAGUUAACUUAAGAAGAAAUACUAGCUUCAGGUUGAAAAAAAAGAAAGAAGAGGAAAUGGGUUUUUGUUUCUUUUCCUUUUACAUUUAUAGCUACUGGGUUUGAAAAUAUUAAAGCAAAACAGAAAAAAAGCAUUAAAAAAUGAAGCUAUACUAUUUUAGCAGCGUAGAAUAUGUGGGUUAGAAAUUGUCCCGGGCAUGUUUUGGUAUGUUCUUUUGCCACUCACUGCUCCAUCUGCAUCGCAGUAUUUCAUCUCGGACGUGUUAUUGUGUCGCUGCGGUGCCACAACCAGCCUCUCAAAGAAAACAUCACGGCGUGCGACGCCAUCAUCGGCUCUCGUCGGCACAUUACAGUUCCAUAAUUGAGACAGGAGUCAUUCCGUGUCAUCAUUAAGACCAUAUCACAGAUAAUCUGACCAUAAAGCACUGUGGUAAAAGUGCCACCCGGCUGAGCUGGAUACGCAGCAGUAAAACAGCACAGCAUCUGUAACUGCUUCAUAAAAUAUACAAAUGAGCCUGACUGCAGUUGUGAAAAUGUCCAUCGGCGUGUCACAGUGGUCCCGGCCAGGUCGUGCCCUCUCCUGCUGCCAAGCUCCUCCAGCUGCUCUCAGCAGGCGAGAGCAGCCCCCUCUGUCUCCUCACCCCCCCAAGUGCCAGCAUAUCACUCUCUUGAUAAGGGACCAUCAGUUCGCGGGGGCCCGAGAGCGAACCCACAGCAUAAUUAGGAUAAUGAUAAUAUUGAUCAGAUGGGGAGCAGCACCGCGGGGCAAGGGAUGCACCAUCAAUUACACAUUGCCAUUUUGAAUGAAUUGAGUGAGUGACAGAGUUCAUCCUUGUCUCCGUGGUCGGGUGGGAGUCUUUUCACUAUUACCCAUAUCGUCUCAGCAGGGACCCCGAACCCUGACAGAGGCGUUGCGCCCUGCGGGACACGAUGACGACACUUCAAUGUACGCCAUCAUCACAAAGAACCAAAAAGGGUCAGAGACAGAAACUGUACAUGUUGUUUAGAAGUUCUUCAGUGAAGAGCAGCUGUAUAUUGUUCCCCCCCCCCCCAAGGGUGUAAUAGCACAGUGAGAGCUUGUACAUGGUGAGGAACAGCCUGGCAUUACCAGCCUUAGGAGGUCAAAUUAAGAGCAAAAUGAUCCAUCAAUUAGACAGCAGCAGGCCUGUAAGUGUAGCUGCUACAGCUGCUGCUGCUUCAACAAGACGACAGCUCACCAUUAGCACCGAUCACACAUGGCUGCUGUACAGCGUGGUCACGACACAUCACGCCAUAUCGGAUAUGAUUCAUUAACUCGGAGCGCGUCAUCCGGGGGCGACGCCGUUAUAUAAAGAGACGCGGGACAUCCGAGAUGAAAUCUGCUUGUUUGCACCCCCCCCCCCCCCCAUUUGUUCAGUUAACAUUCGCUCAGUUGUCUUUUCAUUUCGAAAUAUUUCCCAUCACGCCGUUCAUGUUCUCAGCUUGCCCUCCGAGGCAGCCUGUCCCUCGGGACUCUGAGGGGCCUCAGUCAUCAAAUCACAGCGCAGAGUCAGAACACAUGAGGUACAACAAAUAUUAAGAGCAGAAUGACUUCCCAGGUCCCGAUGCCUCUAUCCCUUCUGUUUACUGUGUGAUGACUGCUUCAGUGGAUCAGUAUUAUUAGAGAGGGGGUGAAUUUCAUUCAUCAGUAGACCUUUCACGGUUGUUCCCCUCGUUCACUGUACAUUGUUCUGUUGCAGGCAAUACUUGGACGUUGUAGGUAGAAAGUCUUUCAAAAAAAAUGCCUUUUUCUUCUAUCAUGAAUUGCCAAAUUAUGCAAACAUAUCCACUGCAUCUCCUUAUCAGAAAUGUGUGCCAGAUUUAAGAUAACUUAUUAACGUGUUGCUUUUCAGGAAAUGUUCAGUAGUAUGAAAUAUUGGAUUUUGUGAUAUAGAGUAUCAGUGUAGGGGGAGGGUCUGUUUAAGCUGUAAUGAUAUACAACAGGGGAGAUUUCAUAUAAAUUUGCCAGAAGACAUCUUUUGUCCGCCCCCCCUCCUCGUGAGUUACUGUUAGUUUCCUCACUCCUGUCAGGGUCCAGCAGCUUUAGGAAGCUGUGAUAUAUGCCCCCCUUUCCCCAGGCCAUACAGAGCCUUAUAAACCCAUUCAAAAAUCUUUUCUUAUGGGAUUUCAGCGGGAGAGUUUUUCUAAAUUAUUAACAUCAAAUUAAAUUUGGCCUUCUCAACAGCUUGGGUAAUGCAAAUUAAAGAUGCCAGCUGUGGCUGAAAUUUAAUGAGUUUGAAAAUAUGUUGAGUUAAUUUCAUUCUGCCAAGAAAUGUAAAAAAAAAAAGCAAAAAAAUAAAAAAGCAAUUUGAUUG